GUCUCCCGCUGCUGCUGCUGCUGCUGCACGGACAAAAGAAGAAGAAGAAGAAGAAAAGGAAGAAAGAGAAGAAGAAGGAGGAGAAGGAGAAGGGCGGACACAGGCAGACGGACAGACGGAGGAUAGACGGACGGACAGCCGGGGAGGAUGGGCCGGCGGAGCGGCCGACGGUAGCGCUCUGUUUUCGGGGACGGAGCUCCAGGAUGAGCGUAGCGCUGCAGGACCUCCGGAACACCAUUUCCGUGAAGGUUCCCCGUGGAGCCUUUUGACCUCCGGUGCUGAUGGUCUGUCACUGUUCCACUGAUCUGCAGUCAGACAGCGAGAUAACGGAAACAGUGCAGGACUGGACGCUUCACGAAAACGCUGCUCUGCAAAUGUUUCAGAUGUGAGUCCACUAUACUGUUUCCUGUGGAGUUUAGCAGCCAAUCACAGCACUCAGUGCACAUGGCUGCACAAAAAAGAACAGAUGAUGAAGAGGUUGCUGCUGUGGACACAAAAACAUCAGUCAAACAUCCGUAUUUAAUGAUGUCCAACUACAAGCGAGCUACGUUGGAGGAGGAGGAAGUGUCGGACGCUCCGGCUGAGGCGGCCUCGUCUCCUGACAGAGUGGAGGUGGGUUUCAGGAAGGGAGGUGUGGACAUUCUCGGCAGGAGGACUCAGCUGGAGGUUCUGCUGUCAGUCCUGCUGCUGGCUGCCCUCCUGGCUCUGCUGGCCUGUCUGCUGGUCCUGGGACUAGGAUUCAGCUCAGACAGCGGUCACGGCCUGUGCCUGUCUGAGGCCUGCGUCACGGUGGCGAGUCAGAUGGUGGAGGCGAUGGACCGCAGCGCAGACCCGUGCCAGGACUUCUACCAGUUCGCCUGCGGAGGCUGGAUGAGAAAAAACCCGCUGCCUGACGGUCGAUCCCGUUGGUCCACGUUCAACAGCAUCUGGGAGCAGAACCAGGCACUGCUCAAACACCUGCUGGAGAAUGGGACGUUUAACGGCAGCAGCGAGGCGGAGAGGAAGACUCAGUCCUACUACCUGUCCUGUCUCAACACACAGAGGAUCGAGGAGCUGGGAGCUCAGCCUCUCGUAGACCUCAUCGCCAAGAUCGGGGGCUGGAACAUGACAGGUCCAUGGGAGAAAGAGAACUUCAUGGAGGUUCUCAAAGUGGUUUCUGGUCCAUACAGAGCUCAGCCUUUCUUCAGUGUCGGAGUCAGUGCUGACCCCAAAAACUCCAACAGCAACGUCAUCCAGGUGGACCAAUCAGGCCUCUUCCUGCCAUCCAGGGACUAUUACCUCAACAAGACAGCCAAUGAGAAGGUGCUGGUGGCUUACCUGGACUACAUGGUGGAGCUGGGGAUGCUGCUGGGGGGGGAGAGGAGCUCCACCCAGCUUCAGAUGCAGCAGAUUCUGGAGUUUGAGACAGCGCUUGCCAACAUCACCGUCCCGCAGGACCAACGUCGAGAUGAGGAGAAAAUUUACCACAAGGUCACCAUUGCUGAAUUACAGCUGCUGGCUCCGGCCGUGGACUGGUUGGACUACCUGUUGUCCUCUCUGUCUCCUCUGGAGCUGAACGACACUGAACCUGUCGUCCUGUACGCCAGAGAGUACCUGCAGCAGGUGUCUGAGCUCAUCAACAAGACCGACCGCAGUCUGUUGAAUAACUACAUGAUGUGGACUCUGGUUCAGAAGAGUGUGGCCAGUCUGGAUCAACGCUUCGAGAACGCUCAGGACAAACUGCUGGAGAGCCUCUACGGGACCAAGAAGUCCUGCACCCCCCGCUGGCAGACCUGUAUUGGGAACACUGACGACACUCUGGGUUUUGCUCUGGGAGCACUCUUCGUUAAGGCGACCUUCGACAAACACAGCAAAGAGAUCGCCGAGGAGAUGAUUAAUGAGAUCCGCUCAGCAUUUAAACAAUCUCUGGACCGACUCAGCUGGAUGGAUGACCACACGAGGCAGGCUGCCAAAGACAAGGCAGAUGCAAUCUACGAUAUGAUUGGUUUCCCAGAAUUCAUCCUGGACCCCAAAGAGCUGGACGAUGUUUAUGAUGGGUAUGAAGUGUCAGAGGACAGCUUCUUCCAGAACAUGUUGAACUUCUACAACUUCUCAUCCCGAGUGAUGGCCGACCAGCUGAGGAAGACUCCCAACAAAGACCAGUGGAGUAUGACUCCUCCUACAGUUAAUGCCUACUACAUGCCCACUAAGAACGGCAUCGUCUUCCCUGCUGGGAUCCUACAAGCUCCUUUCUACGCCCACGACCACCCCAAGGCACUGAACUUUGGUGGCAUCGGGGUGGUGAUGGGUCACGAGCUCACACAUGCCUUCGAUGAUCAGGGUCGUGAAUAUGAUAAAGAAGGUAAUUUGAGGCCGUGGUGGCAGAACUCAUCAGUGGAGGCGUUUCGCCAGAGAACAGAGUGCAUGGUGGAUCAGUACAGCCACUACCUGGUCAAUGGAGAACAUGUCAAUGGAAAACAGACGCUCGGAGAAAACAUCGCCGACAACGGAGGACUGAAGGCUGCAUACCAUGCCUACCGGUCGUGGGUCCAGAGAAGUGGAGAGGAGAAGAGACUCCCUGCCGUCAACCUGACCAAUGAUCAGCUCUUCUUCGUGGGAUUUGCUCAGGUGUGGUGUUCAGUUCGAACACCAGAGAGCGCUCAUGAGGGCCUGGUGACCGACCCCCACAGCCCACCCCGAUACAGAGUCAUCGGCACGCUAGCCAACUCUCCGGACUUCAGCCACCACUUCAACUGUCCUGCAGGGACACCCAUGAACACUGGGAGGCGCUGUGAGGUCUGGUAGACAGACUGAAGAGGAUAGGGUCAGAGGGGGGCAGGUUAAUUAGGUCAGUCCGUUAAUUAACAGGUCGGUGUGUCAGUUAGGAAACUUGUCUGUUAUUAAGCAGAAAACUUUUAGUUUGUUAACGGGCCAGAUUGUUAAUUAACAGGUGAGUUUCUUAACUAACCGGCUGAUUAGUGUCUUAAGUAGAGGACCUUGGUCUGUUAAUUAUCAGCAGUUUAUCUUGAAGUUAUUAAGCGGACGUGAGGAGGUGAUCAGGUGUUCGUUAGGGGCGUCGAAGGUGUAAUCUACAGUUAAUAUAAGUCUGUUAAUUAGAGACGAGAGACUUCCUGUCUGGAAUCUGAACGGAAUCAGUGGACUUCACACGGAGACAUGAAGGACUGACGAUGAUGAUGAUGAUGAUGGUGAUGAGGCCACAUGGGACGAUGUUGCUGAUUUCAGCUUUAUCACCGUUAUUGAUUAUGAGUAAUGGGCUUUGGUUUAUGUGUGUGUGUGUGUGUGUUUGUGUGUUGUCUGUUGUAUGAAAGAGCGCUGUAAGUCUCUCUCUGAUGACAUCACUGUGAUGAGCUUAUACAAAGUUGAACUAUUACAUCAUCAGUCAUGGCCAGGUGGCUCAACAGGAAGCUGUCAUCCAAUACAUUUUUCAAUUAAGGACAUUUUAGGGUGCACGUUUUGGGGUUCAACCAGAUUUGGGUUUAAUUUAUAUUUUUGAUUAUUUCAUGGUUUAAUGGUUCUUUAAGGAGUAAAAACACCUUAAGCUUGACUAAGUAGCAUGAAAACAGUCUUUGAAUUUCUAUCUUAAUUGAGGCCAUUUAAAGUUUAAAUUAAGGAAUGGUUUUCAUGCUAUUUGGUACAUUUUAAGGCUUGUUUAUCCCUUACAGGGUUUUUAAACCAUGUAGAUAAUCUAAUCUACAAUCCAGUGAACAAUUAACCCAUUAAAAUGGCCGUAACUUCAUCAGUAUUAAGGGGUGAAUUAAUGGAAUUCAAGGCAAAAGGAUGUCACUGAUGAAAGAAUGAAACGUGUUAAUGUUCAGUCGUCAAACCACAUGUCAACCCUCUGAAACCACUAACCACCAUCCUUGCGUUGUCGUGACAACCGAAACACAACUGCUCAUCCCCAACAAACCAUGUUAAUUAGUGACAUCAUCACCUUAAAAAUUAAAACAAACCUUAAACCGAAUUUAAAAUGUUGCCUUAAAGGCUAAGAAAAAUGCCUCAAAUUUUGAAUUAUCAACAAAAAAAUUCCUAAAAUCCUAUGAAUUAAUGUUAAAUUAAGGAAUAUUUAACAAUUAACACUUUCAUAGUCAAGCCAUUAGCACCUUCAUCUGACUGUUUGUUAGCCAGAGAUCCCUUAACUUAACCUACUGAGAAAUCUUGUUACAAUUCUUGAUUUAUACCUUAAUUAUCCCCUUAAAGUGUUGUUAAAUUACCUUAAUUGCAUCAAUAUUAAUGGUUAAAUUGAUGGAGUUUUAAUGUAAGAAGGGUUUUGUUUCAUAAUGUACCCCUUAAUUUGUGCCUUAAACGGACCUAAAUUUUUUAAAAAUGAGGUGCAAAUUCAGGGGUUCGCUUCAAAUUUUGGUGUAAUUGAUUUGAUUAAAACGGGGUUUUAAUAGAUUAUGGGCACUGUGUAAAAUUCAUUAAAUGGCAUUAAAACCAUCCUGAAUUUAUAAGAUAAACCAUUAAAAAUACCUUUUAAUUGAUCUGUUAAUUAAUAAAAAAAUAUUUUUAUUAAAUCAUUACUAUCUGCAGCUUUAAGGUCAAAUGAAAGGAUUUAGCCUCACAGUGUAAAUGGUGUUGUUUUGUACACUUUAAACCAUCCCUCUGUCAACCCUCUGUAACCAGUGACCAUGCUGCCGUUGUCAUGGUAACCAAAAAGCCUGUAGAGUUCUGUGUUAAUUAAUCAAUCUUAACAUCAGUGAGAAAAAAUCAAGCGCCUUAAAGAUUAGAUUUUAUUCUAAGACUGACUUUGCCUUAAAAUGAGCGCCUUAAAUCAGCUGUUUGUUGAGCUCUGACGCCUGAUGAGACACGAUGACGACGUCCCAUCAGACGUCAGACCAAGUCGGUCUUUAUUUUACAGUAAAGUCACAGAUUAGUCUCACAGGUGUCUACAACAUAAAAUACCUUCUGUCCUCACAUCGAGAUCACAGGCCGUGAUACGACAGCUGUGGGGCGUUCACGAGCUGAAAGGAACGUGGGGCGUUCACGAGAUGAAAGGAACGUGGGGUGUUCACAAACUGAAAGGAACGUGGGGCGUUCACGAGCUGAAAGGAACGUGGGGUGUUCACAAACUGAAAGGAACGUGGGGCGUUCACGAGCUGAAAGGAACGUGGGGCGUUCACAAACUGAAAGGAACGUGGGGUGUUCACAAACUGAAAGGAACGUGGGGCGUUCACGAGCUGAAAGGAACGUGGGGCGUUCACGAGCUGAAAGGAACGUGGGGCGUUCACGAGCUGAAAGGAACGUGGGGCAUUCACAAGCUGAAAGGAACGUGGGGUGUUCACAAACUGAAAGGAACGUGGGGCGUUCACGAGCUGAAAGGAACGUGGGGCGUUCACGAGCUGAAAGGAACGUGGGGCAUUCACAAGCUGAAAGGAACGUGGGGUGUUCACAAACUGAAAGGAACGUGGAGCGUUCACGAGCUAAAAAAAGCUUCGGGCGUUCAUGUACUAUCAUUAUCUUUCUCUAAAUCCAAAAAUUGUACUUUUAGCCGUUUGAUGAAUACAGACCCUGAACAUCACACGUCUCCCUCUGCCGUUAGAGGCUUGAGAGAAGAAAGCUGGACCGGUAGUAAAAAUAGUAAAUAGAGAAACAGGAGGAUUUUAUAAAAGAAAUAAAGAAUGUAACAUAGAACGGGAAUAGUAAAUAUGAAGUGUUGUAAAUUACAGAGUUUCAGGCAGAGUGCUGAAGUGUUCCAGCUACAUCACAGAUUAAACUGUUGGUUUUAAAAAUAAACAUCAUGUUAGUUUAAAGACGAUACCUCAACUUCAUUACCCAUAAUCCCUUAGUGUUGCUGUCCAGUGCAGGAACCUGACUCUGACAGCAGGUGGAGUUGUCAGCCUGCUCACCUGAAUAUUACAGUCAGUUUCUCACUGUAUACUGUCUGUGUGUGUGUGUGUGAUUGCUUCGCCUCCUGAUGACAUCACUGUCAUGAUGACAUCACAGUCCAAUCCUGUGCAGCUCCUGUGUGUGUGUGUGUGUGUGUGUGUGUCAUAGUGUGUUAAGCAGAAGAAGAAGCUGCUUCCUGCCAAAGACGUUUCUGUUUCUGUGUGUGUGUGUGUUUGUGUGUGUGUGUGUGUUAUGUACGUCUAUCUUUGUGAGGACCAGUCUCUUAAACCAACGUAGUGAGGACAUGUUUGCAUUGUGGGGACAUGACUUUGGCUGAGCUCGGGGUUAUGGAGUGUGUUCUGUCAGUGAGUCCUCACAAGUAUAGAAGUGUAAAUGUGUGUGUGUGUCAGGGGUCUCCACUGUGUAGUAAUCUGUGUGUGCAGUAGACAACAGUAGAUCUGAUGUAGAAUAAACUCAGCUUGUUGAAAACUCUGUGUCCUGAGGGGGCGUCGCCACUCUGCUUGUCCAAUCAGAGAGCUGCAUUACAAACAGCUGGAGAUGCAGAGCUACAGAAACAUAAUAAACACUGAACAUGA